AUUUACACUCGUAAAAUAACCUUACACGCGUAGAUUUUCUCGAGUUGUUUAAUUUAAAAGUAAUUAUUUAAUUUAAAAUGGUGAGAAUAACUGUGGAUCUAAUUCGAAAACGUUCCGAGCACAAUGAAGGUGAGAUUUCAACUUUAGAAGAAAUAGCCCUUCACCAAGAAAACAUUGAAAAAAUUGAACUUAUCGAUAAACUUUCGCGCAACCUCAAAAUUCUUUUGAUGCAAAACAACAUAAUAAGCAAAAUUGAAAAUCUAAAUAUGUUAAAAAAACUCGAGUAUUUAAAUCUGGCUAUCAACAACAUCGAAGUUAUUGAAAACCUCGAAGGACUUGAAAGUUUGAUUAAACUAGAUUUAACUGUUAAUUUCAUUGGAGACUUAAGGGGUGUCAAAAAAUUACGGUAAUUUUUAUAUGCUUAUGUAUUACGUAUUAUGUGUUGAUAUUUAUGUUUGAAUUGUGGGAUUUUUAGGUGUAAUGAACAUUUGAAAGAACUAUUUCUAACCGGAAAUCCUUGUACAGAAUACUUGGGUUACCGUGAUUACGUAAUAGCAACACUGCCGCAAUUAAAAGAACUCGACAUGACAGAAAUAACUCGAUCUGAUCGGAUUAAAGCGCUUCAAAGGUACGCGGAAAUUGAAGGAGAUGUCAUUAGAGGCUACUGGGAUUAUUGCAAAAUUAGAAAAAAGCAAAUUGACUCUUUUAAUCAGCGAGAAAAAUUGGUGAUUACUGAAGUUCCGAGCGGCCUUCAAGGUGCUAAUGGAGAAUAUCAAGAUCAAGAUAAUGAAGAAUAUCGAGAUCAAGACCAAGAUGACAAUUCCAAAUUUUGGAACAGUAAAAGUUAUCACACGCCAGAAGAUCGAGUUGCUAUUGCGAACAAAACAAUCGAAAUAGCCGAGAAGAAAAACAAGAAAAAAGAUAAUAAAUUGAACAAAAAUAAAUACAUUCCGAAGUUAUUUAAUUGUGAAGGCCGCGCUUACAAUAUUAAUCAAGCCAAGGUUAGUUUCACGCUCAAUGAUGAUGAUCGGGAUAAUAUUGUCCUUGAAAUUUCUCUUUACAGAUACUUGGAUACGUCGUAUGUAGAUAUAGACGUCCAACCAAACUACGUGCGAGCGACAAUAAAAGGAAAAAUCCUCCAACUAUCACUUCCGUGUGAAGUAUCCACAGACUCAAGUGUCGCAAAAAGAAAUGUCGCAACAGGGAAUUUAGUGGUAACCAUGCCGCGGUUAGCCCCCUUGCCGUCUCUCGUUAAGCCUCUGAGUUACGCAACUAAAUCUUGCAACAAACCAAGAUCAAGCAAGAUUGUCCGAUUUGCACCUGUCGUUUCUAGGCGAGAAUUUUUAGAAAUCGGACCCAGGAAUGAAGAAAUGGAUUUUUCUAAAAUUUACAAGGAAAAUAAUUUUAAUGAUAAACAUCGUUCGGAUUUUAUUGACGAUCCAGAUGUACCUCCGCUAGAAUAGCUACAUGGAAAAAAAAGAAAACUCGAAAAAUUACAGUAUAUUAUUAAAAUUAGUUUCAGAUUGU